AUGAACUUGCGUAUCGGUAAAAUUGAGGGUUACAACAACAAUAUCUUAAUUGCACCUGCCAACGUAAACGUUGGGGUCCAAGCUGACGUGAAUAACAAGCCUAUUGUCAAACAUGCGGCAGCCGCACCCCCUAGGCAUACUAUCAAAACACCUAUACAUACUACACCACCUAAAUACACCACGCCACUUAAGCCUACUACACCCUCUAGGCAUACUACACCUCCAAAACAUGCUACGCCUCCUAGGCAUACUAUCAAAAUACCUAUACAUACUACACAGGAUAUACCACCUAUACCUCCCGAGCAUGCUACGCCUCAUAUACAUACUACAUUCCCUGAACAACCCCUAGAGGGGGAAGAACAUGAGGAUACCAAGACUGCAUUAAUCACGGCAGGGGUAGGGCUCAUCAUAGGGUACAUCUGGCUUAAGUAA